AAAACCCAGCCUGCUAGUCCUAGUCCUGCGGUCCUGCCGGGAGGGAGGACUCGGCGAGGUGGGGCAGGUGUCCGAAACGGAUCACCAAAUCCCGCCCGGGCAACCGAGAGAUCCGAGCCCGCCACGAUCCAUGGCGGCCACCGCGGCGGCCGGUGCGGUGGCGCGCCUCAUACUCGUCCUCCUCGCCGCCUUCCUCGGCGCGGCGCCGCGCGGGGCGGACGCGCUCCGGUCGCUCGGCGUCGAGGGCGCGGGCGGGGCCGGCGGCGCCCACGGCGACGCCGCCGUGGACCUCGACGCCGGCAACUUCACCGCCUUCCUCCAGGCCUCGCCGGAGUCGUUCGCGGUCGUCGAGUUCUUCGCCCACUGGUGUCCAGCCUGCAGAAACUACAAGCCUCACUACGAGAAGGUUGCAAAACUUUUCAAUGGUCCAGAUGCUGCGCAUCCAGGGAUUAUUGUGAUGGCACGGGUUGAUUGUGCAUCAAAGGUGAAUCUGGAUCUUUGCAAUAAAUUCUCUGUUGAUCAUUAUCCUUUCCUAGUGUGGGGUCCACCAGCAAAAUUUAAUUCCCCACAGUGGAAACCGAAGCAAGAGAAUAGUGAAUUAGAAUUAAUUGAUGAUGGAAGAACAGCAGAGCGUUUACUUAAAUGGAUAAAUAAGAAGAUGGGAAGCUCUUUCAAUUUAGAUGACAAAAGGUAUGAGAAUGAAAGUGCUCUCCCAAAAAAUGCUUCAGAUCCUGAACAGAUUGUUCGAGCAAUUUAUGAUGUUGAGGAAGCAACAGCUCAUGCAUGGCAGAUAAUUUUGGAGCUCAAGAUGAUCAAACCAGAGACUCGUGACUCACUCAUUAGGUUUUUACAAAUUUUGGUGUCUCAUCAUCCAUCCAAGAGGUGUCGAAGGGGAUCUGCCAACGUACUUAUUAACUUUGAUGAUCACUGGCAUACAAACCAAUCAUUAAGUUCACAAGAGAGUUCUACAUUAUUAACAAGUGUUACAGGAGACAACAUCUGUGGAGAGGGGGUGCCACGUGGAUAUUGGAUGUUCUGCCGUGGAAGUAAAAAAGAAACGAGAGGAUUUAGCUGUGGUCUAUGGGUUUUGCUGCAUUCACUAACUGUCCGAAGUGGAGAUGGAGAGAGCCAAUCAACAUUUACAUCAAUUUGUGAUUUCAUCCACAAUUUCUUCAUCUGUGAGGAAUGCCGCAAGCACUUCUACGAAAUGUGUUCAAGUGUAUCAGUCCCCUUCAAAUCUGCCCGUGACCUCACCCUCUGGCUAUGGAGAGCACAUAACAAAGUUAACGAGAGGUUGAUGAAAGAAGAAAAGGAUUUAGACACUGCUGAUCCUUCAUUUCCUAAGGUUAUCUGGCCUCCAAAGCAGCUCUGCCCAUCGUGCUACCGUUCUUCAAGUAGGACUGCUGAUGGAGUCACGCAGGUUGAGUGGGACGAGGAUGAAGUGUUCCAUUUCUUGGUUGGCUACUAUGGGAAGAAACUUGUAUCUUCCUACAGGGAGACCUCCAUGGAUUCUCAUCUUCAAGUAACGAAGCAAGUAGGCUCAAUUUCUGAUGAUUCUUCCGCUUCCAGCGCUGCAACAGUCCCAAUCGGAGCUGCCCUGGGUGUCGCUGUUGCUAGCUGUACAUUUGGGGCACUGGCUUGCUUCUGGAGGACCCAGCAGAAGAACAGAAAGCAAAGAAAGAACUGGAACUGAAAAUAGUGCACCACUUGCAAACCCUAAACUGCAUGUCUGCAUCAGGAGGAGCCUCCGUGAAUGUAUAUUUACUGGGCGGGUUAUCUUGGCAAGUACCCACUCAAAAGAUGAAAAACAUACAGAAGUGCGAAGAUUUACUCGUGCCUGAGUCCCGUGAUUGUUUUGUGCAACGACGUGAACUUUGUUGCAACAGUAAACAGUUCUAUAGGUUCAACGUUUUAAGCUCUGUACUUACCAUGUAGCCUUUUGAAUACCUUUCUCUGGGGACUAAUGUAAUUUUAUACCAAAGUAAUGAGUGAAAACUAAAAUUAAAAUUUUGGUCCAGCGUGACUUAUCCUGAA